UUGACCCGUCAGCAAGUUCACAUUGUGGAGAAACCGUUUACCUGUCCCGAUUGUGGGAUGGGAUUCACUCGAUCGUACCUACUGAAGAGGCACCAGUAUAUUCACACAGGGGAGAGGCCGUUCACUUGCUCUGAAUGUGGGAAGAGUUUUACUCGUUCAUCUGACUUACAGAGACACCAGAAAAUUCACACGGGGGAGAAGCCGUUUGUCUGCUCGGAGUGUGGGAAGAGAUUCAUUGAAUCAUUUGAGUUACAGAGACACGAGCAAAUUCACACUGGAGAGAGGCCGUUCACCUGCUCUGACUGUGGGAAGAGCUUUACUCGUUCAUCUGACUUACUGAGACACCAGACAAUUCACACGGAGCACAGGCCGUUCACCUGCUCUGAGUGUGGGAAGGGAUUUACUUAUUCAUCUAAUUUACAGAGACACCAGAGAAUUCACACGGGGGAGAGGCCGUUCACCUGCUCUGAGUGCGGGAUGGUAUUCAGCCGAACUUGCCACCUGGUGUGCCACCGGCGAGUUCACACUGCGGAGAAACCAUUUGUCUGUACCGAUUGUGGGAUGGGAUUUGAUCGAGCAAGGAGUCUGAAGAUCCACCAGGGAGUUCACACCGGGGAGAGGCCGUUCACCUGCUCCGAAUGUGGGAAGGAAUUUACUCGUUCAUCUAAGUUACUGAGACACCAGAAAAUACACUCGGGGGAGAAGCCGUGUGUGUGCACUGAGUGUGGGAAGAGAUUCAUUGAAUCAUAUCAGUUACAGAGACACCAGAAAAUUCACACGGGGGAGAAGCCAUUUGUCUGCUCUGAGUGUGGGAAGAGAUUCAUUGAAUCAAUUGAGUUACAGAGACACGAGCAAAUUCACACAGGAGUGAGGCCGUUCACCUGCUCUGACUGUGGAAAGGGAUAUGCUCGUUCAUCUGACUUACUGAAACACCAGAGAAUUCACACGGAAGACAGGCCGUUCACCUGCUCUGAGUGCGGGAAAGGAUUUAAUUAUUCAUCUUGUUUACAGAGACACCAGAGAAUCCACACGGGGGAGAGGCCGUUCACCUGCUCUGAGUGCGGGAUGGUAUUCAGCCGAUCUUGCCACCUGGUGUCCCACCAGCGAAUUCACACUGGGGAGAAACCAUUUGUCUGCUCCGAGUGUGGGAAGGGAUUCACUCAAUCUUCUAGCCUGAAGACCCACCAGCGAAUUCACGCUGUGGAGAAACCAUUUGCCUCUCCCAACCAUGGGUAGGGUUUCACCAGGUAGAAGAAGCAGAGGAUUGAUGUUCAGGAAUCUCUAACUCGUUUAUUUCACCGGCGUCUGAACGUGUGGGAGG